AUGGUAUGGUUGGGAGUUUCUUAUUGGGGCUUAAGAGAGGUACAUUUUUGUGAGAAAGGAGUAAGAUCGAAUGCAGUUGUGUAUCAAAAUACAGUCCUGAUGAACCUUGUGGAACCUGUUCCUCAUACCAUGUUCGAUAACAGACACUGGGUAUUGCAACAAGAUUCGGCGCCAGCUCAUAGAGCGAAGAGCACACAAGACUGGCUGGCAGCGCGUGAAAUCGACUUCAUCUGGCACGAAGACUGGUCCUCCUCCAGUCCAGAUAUGAGUCCGUUAGAUUACAAGAUUUGGCAACACUUGGAGGAAAAGGCUUGCUCAAAGCCUCAUUCCUUCAAUUUGGAGUCACUCAAGACAUCCUUGAUUAAGGCAUCCGCCGAUAUUGACAUGGACCUCAUUCGUGCUGCGAUAGACGACUGGCCGCGCAGAUUGAAAGCCUGUAUUCAAAAUCACGGAGUCUUCGUUUUGUUUUCGAUAAGUCAGCAUUCACAUCAGCACUAUUCAGAUCACGAAGAAAUUCAGACGCAAAGUUUUCCAGUGCCUUCCAAAAUGCAAGAUCACAUAACAAUUCUGGUGAUACUUACGAGUCUUCUUUUACUCGUUGAAAGUGCAAUAAGAUGCGAAUACAGAAAAUAUCUCAUUCCUGGGAAUGUUUACUACUUAUACAGUCCAGGUUAUCCAAGGGACUUCGCGACAGCAGUGAACUGCAGGUGGAUUGUAACCACAACUCCUGGAUUCGUGUGUCGUCUGGAAUGUUUGCAGUUUGUAUUGGAAGAGAAUCCGUCGUGCUCGUCAGAUCGAUUUUUAGUAUCGAACAUUGGGGAUUCAUUAUUUAUGACAGCUAAUCUAUAUUGUGGGAAGCGUUCCGUCACUGAAGUUUCUCUCGGUCCGAGGAUUAGCAUGACUUUACAAGCCACCACCAACACAACAGGCGGCAGGUUUCUUUGUCAAGUUUCAGCUGAGAAACAAAAUCUAUUUGAAAAUCACUCGACAUUCAGUGUCGGUCGUUCAAAUUCUAAAUUAGAUCAGCCGUGGUUCAACACGUGGUUCGGCUCCAUCAGGGAAAUCACAUCACAACUCAAUUUUAAUCAAUAUUUUAAUAAAUAA